AUGGAGGAGCAAUCACAGCCUCAAGACAAGCCCGCCCCAGAGGCUGCUGCACCAGCGGUUGCGCCUGCCGCUGCAAUUGAGACUAGCGCAGCACCUCCACAGCCUCAGCCUCAACAAGUCUCUAUCCCAAGCCAUCCCAUGCCCGACAUGGCCAACGGCUUCAACCCCAACUUGCAUGCAUCCAUGGACCAGGUGCUUCCUGACGCUUUGCAGGAAGUCAUGCCAGGAGCUAUGCCGGAAAUUCUCCCCGGCAUGUUGCCUACGGGCGAGAUGUUCAUGCCUCAGCUUCUGCAGCCAGACGCGCAGCAAAUGCUCAUGAACAACGGCGCGUUGCCAAGUGUUCCUGCCAACGCGAUGACCGCAGAUGAGAUCGCGCUCUACGACCGUCAGAUUCGCCUCUGGGGUAUGAAGGCCCAGGAGAAGAUCCGCAACGCAAACAUCCUUCUCAUCACCAUGAAGGCUCUCGCCAACGAGAUCGCCAAGAACCUCGUGCUCGCCGGCAUCGGCACCCUCACCAUCCUUGACGGUGCCGGCGUCUCUGAGUCAGACCUUGGCUCGCAAUUCUUCCUUUCUGAAGAGGAGAACCACGUCGGCCAGAACCGCGCUCACGCUGCUGCUGCCGCUAUUCGCAAGCUUAACCCGCGCGUCAAUGUCCAUGUCGACGCCGAGGGCAUCAAGUCCAAGGGAACGAGCUACUUCUCCGCCUUUGACAUCGUCAUCGCUACCGACCUCGACCCCGACUCCCUGAACAUCAUCAACACCGCCACCCGUCUGCACCAGAAGUCUUUCUACGCCGCCGGCACCCAAGGCAUGUACGGCUUCAUCUUCUCCGACCUGAUCGAGCACGACUACGUCAUUGAGAGAGAUCUCGGCAACAUGGCAACCAAGCUGCAGCCCGAGACGCGGACCCGCAGCGUUGUUGCCGUGAACACGAAGAAGGAGGGCGGCAAGACUAUCGAAGUGGUUACGAAGCGCGAACUCUACUCGACCUGGUACCUGGCUAGUGACGGUGCCACGUUGCCUGAGGAGUACGCCAAGAGCCCGCGUCGCAGGAAGGCCGUCAGCCCCGUCCUCUCCUGCUUGCGAGCUCUCUGGGAUUUCCAGGUCCUCAACGGCGGUCGUCUGCCCAAUCACAAUAAGGAAGAUUUGGGACUGUUCACUAAGCUCGCGACGGCCAAGCACGCCCAGCUCGGUCUGCCGUCCGAGACUCUCCGUUCAGAGGUCCUCAGGAGCUUCUUGCAGAACAUUGGCAGCGAGAUGGCACCCGUCACGGCCAUUCUUGGAGGACAGCUUGCCCAGGAUGUCAUCAACGUUCUCGGCCAGACACAGCAGCCGAUUCAGAACAUGGUCGUCUUCGAUGGUAACAGCAUGGAAGCGUCAGUCUACCCGCUGCACCCCGUCGGUGAGCUGGGCAGGGGUCUGCUCUCUCUUGCUGCGCCGAGCGGUCUCAUGCCUAACGGAGGCGCUAUGGUCCCUGACCCCAGCAUGAUGAUGAACAUGGACGGCACGGUGGACUUUGGUAAUGCCAUCAUGACUCAGUAA